AUGAGUCGAACGCUUUCUGAUUUUGAUGCACUUGUUUUAGGUUCUUACAAAGAUGGGUCACUUACGGAUACAGCAGCGAAAGAAAUUCCUGAAAAUUUGCAAAGAAACAUUCAGGAGCAAUUCCAGUAUUCUGGAUUAAAAGGAAAAUUGGGUGAAGUUAGAAUGUUUUAUGGUUUAGGUGGAGAUGAUGCAAAUAUUCCAAAAAAAAUCGCCGUAGUGGCUUUGGGAAUUAAUAAAGGUUCUGAACAAAGCCAUGAUGUUUCCGAAGCCUUAGAGAUAACUCGUAAAGCG